AUGACCACCAUCAAUCCCCAAGUGGCCGAUGGUAUCCACAACCCCGAGAGCCUUUCGGGGACGCUAUGUAUGCUGUCGCAUCACUCGAGUCUAACAGCGAAGAGGUCAAAUGACCUACAUAGCAGUCUUCCCGGAGCAUAUUGGCAACACGUUGUGUGUGGACAGCGCUGCGGCUUCGCUUUUUGCCGCUCGUUCGAACCUUCGUCUGUCCUCCUUUUUUACUCCUUUUUCCUAUCUCUCUAUCCGAUUUCCUCUUAUCACUUCAGCUACUUCACCUUUCUUCCGAUAUGUGGUUGCAUAGGGAUGAGCGGUCUGUUGCAGGUGGCUUAUAGUUAUGACCCAACGAACUCCCAGCUAACUGACUAG